AUUUUGUCUUUCCGCCGCCGCCGCUGCCCGAGCUUCUCCCUCCCUCCUGCCGCCGCGGGCCGCGACACUCCAGUUCCCCCCCGGCGCGGCUCCCGCCGGGCCGGGGCCCAUCCCGACCCCCGUCCCCCUUCCCCCACCCCGGGAGGCUCCUCCGCAGCCCCGGCGCGGCUCCGAGGGCGCGAUGUCCAGCGAGGAGAGCUACCUGGCCAUCCUGCGGUACCUGACGAACGAGCGGGAGCCGUACGCGCCGGGCACGGAGGGCAACGCCAAGCGGAAGAUCCGCAAGGCCGCCGCCUGCUACGUGGUGCGCGGCGGCACGCUGUACUACCAGCGGCGGCAGCGCGACCAGCAGCGCUUCGCCGAGCUGGAGGUGGUGCUGCAGGCCGAGCGCCGCGCCCGCCUGAUCCGCGCCGCGCACCUGGCGCCCGACGGCGCGCACCGCACCCGCCUGCAGACCUGGCACGGGCUGUCCCAGCGCUACUGGUGGAGAGGUAUUCUUAAGCAGGUUAAAGAUUACAUUAAAGAAUGCAGCAAGUGCCAGGAAAAGCUAGAUCGCUCUAGAUCUCUCUCAGAUCCUUCUGAAAUGCUGGAGGAGCUAGGACUGGAUGCAAAAUCUCAUGAAGACAGUAAUGAAACAGAUGAUGAAUUGAGUAAUGCAGCAUCAAUCCCAGCAGCAUCCCCAAAGCCUGUGAAGAAGAAGCCAAUAGCAAAGCACGAGCUUGUGUUUGUUGACAGUAAGGGCCUUGUGAAGCAGUCAUCUUCCAAACAUUGUCUGUCAGUCUUAAACCAGCUGAAUCAGCAGAGACUUUCCAAUCAGUUCUGUGAUGUGACUUUGCUGAUUGAAGGAGAGGAGUACAAAGCUCACAAAUCUGUCUUGGCAGCCAGCAGCGAGUACUUCCGAGAGCUCUUCAUUGAAAAGGGAGCUGUCACUAGUCAUGAAGCUGUAGUGGAUCUCUCAGGUUUCUGCAAGUCCAGUUUCCUGCCUUUACUGGAAUUUGCUUAUACUUCAGAGCUAACGUUUGACUUCUGUAGCAUGGCAGAAGUGGCCAUGCUCGCCCGGCAUCUCUUCAUGUCAGAGGUCCUUGAAAUCUGUGAGAAUGUGCACAAGCAGAUGGAAGAGAAACAAAUUACUGUGUAUCAAAAGGGAGAUAUUCAAACAGUGGAGUCUACACAAAAUCUAUCAGAGCAGGCUGAAGUGGAGGUGCAGCCCGUGGAUGGUGCUGAGCAGCCUAAACUCACAGCCAGUGAAGUGCCAGUAGCUGUGAAUGGAGCUCCUUCCUCUGCUGGGACAGAGGAGGCAGCAGCACCCCAGCCUGACCUCCUGCACCCAGAGCCUCUGGAGGCCCCUGCAGGUGAUCUUUCCAAGCCUGUGGAACAGUGUGAAACAGCUGAAAAUUACAUCAAGAUCCAGCUGGUGGAGAACGUUGCAAACAGCCUCUACAGCAGACUCAGCACUGAGCCAUCAGUUGUGGAGGCCAUGGACACACAGAGCCAAAGGGAAACCGAGACAGUGCAAAAUCAGAGUGAUAAAGCACAUGUGGCCUCUGCUUCUGAAGACUCCUCAGAGACACUCAAGCAAAAAAGUAAUGGGCAGAGCAGCUCCAUACCCCAGCCAGAAAGCAUCACUUCCAGCCAGGAUGACACUUACAAAAGCAAGCUUCGCCAGCGUUCAGUCACUGAGGGGGGAUACAUCAGGCUGCAUAAAGGAAUUGAAAAGAAACUGCAGAAUAGAAAGACAAAUCCUAAAUCUGCAGUGCAGCAGGUUGCCAUGAAGCUGGUACAAAGAGGGAAAAAAAUGAAACAGCCCAAAAGAGAGACCACGGAAAAUAACGAAGUGGAAGCGCAGCACAAAUGCACUGACUGUGGAAUGGUGUUCCAGCGGCGCUAUGCACUUAUAAUGCACACGCUGAAACACGAGAGAUCUAAGGAAUAUAAGUGCCCACUGUGCAAGAAGGAGUUCCAGUACGGGGCCUCGCUGCGGGCGCACCUGGUGCGGCACACGCGGAGGACGGAAGCCGGCGCUGCGGGAGCCGAGGGGACAGGCGUGUCCUCGGCCAAAGGGAGGACCAAACGGGAGUUCGUGUGUGACAUCUGCGGGAGAACUCUGCCCAAGCUCUAUUCCCUCAGAAUCCACAUGCUUAAACACACAGGUGUCAAACCCCAUGCCUGCAAGGUCUGUGGAAAGACCUUUACGUAUAAGCAUGGACUGAAAAUGCACUUAGCUCUCCAUGAAGUACAGAAACAGUUCAAGUGUGAUUUGUGUGAAAAGUCUUUUGUCACAAAAAGAAGUCUUCAGGAACACAUGAGCAUUCAUACAGGAGAAUCCAAGUAUCUUUGCUCCAUCUGUGGAAAAUCUUUCCACAGGGCAUCAGGACUCAGUAAACACAUAAAGAAACAUCAGCCAAAGCCUGAAGUUCGUGGAUAUCAGUGUACUCAGUGUGACAAGAGUUUCUAUGAAGCUCGGGAUCUUCGGCAGCAUAUGAAUAAACAUUUAGGUGUUAAGCCAUUUCAGUGUCAGUUCUGUGGAAAAUGUUACAGCUGGAAGAAAGACUGGUAUUCUCAUGUAAAGUCUCAUUCUGUCACAGACCCUUAUAGAUGUAACGUAUGUGGAAAAGAAUUUUAUGAGAAAGCUUUGUACAGAAGGCAUGUAAAGAAAGCCACACAUGGUAAAAAAGGAAGAGCAAAACAAAAUCUGGAACGAGUUUGUGAGCACUGUGGAAGAAAAUUCACACAACUCCGGGAAUAUAGGAGACACAUGAACAAUCAUGAAGGCGUGAAGCCGUUCGAGUGCCUGACGUGCGGCGUGGCGUGGGCGGACGCGCGCUCGCUGAAGCGCCACGUGCGCACGCACACGGGCGAGCGGCCCUACGUGUGCCCCGUCUGCAGCGAGGCCUACAUCGACGCCCGCACCCUGCGCAAGCACAUGACCAGGCUGCACCGGGACUACAUUCCCUGCAAGAUCAUGCUGGAGAAGGACACCCUGCAGUUCCACAACCAGGGCACGCAGGUGGAGCACGCCAUCAGCAUUCUGGCCUCCGACAUCCAGGAGCAGGAGGCCGAGAUCAGCUUCGGCGCCGGCGAGGGCGAGACCGUGGUGGUGACGGGAGAGACGCUGGAGGCCAUCGAGGCGGUGGCGGCCACCGAGGAGUGCACGUCGGUCUCUACCCUGUCUGACCAGAGCAUCAUGCAGGUGGUGAAUUACGUCCUGGCGCAGCAGCAGGGACAGAAAAUGGCUGAAGUGACCCAGGCCGUCGAAACCGUGGAAGUAGAAGUGGCCCAUGUAACGACAACAGAGUCGAUUUAAUGCGUGGGAGAGCGGGAAGGGUGAGGUUCUGUAUCUGUGAGAAGCAAGGGUGUAGCAGGUUAGCUGAGGCUUUCAGCAAUGCCUGUUUUCAAAUCCUCAGUACUGAACGUUGUCAUGACAGAAUACCGCACCACGUGGUAGAUGGAAAAAGUACCAAUACUCCAGUGUGGGCCAAGGCUUUGAAAGCUAAGAUUUCUGUACUGGCUGUAACUUUAAACAAAACAAAAAGGUUAAAAUAAUGUUUUUGUGUCAUGAAGUAUCAUACUGUAACUUUGAAAAAUUAAAAAAAAAAACAUAUAAAAAGGCUGCACUAAAAACUAGAAAUGCACAACUGUUGGUAGCUUUUUGGUUUGUUCUGAUGUGCAUUUCUUCAAGUUUGUAAGCAAAUUACCUGUAAUGGAUUCUGUCUGUUUAUUCCCAAGACAAGGGAGAUGGUAGAAUGCUUUGUGUAGGCUUGUGCUUCAUGUGGCAUACAGAAAAACUGAAGCUCUUUUCUCUGGGCAAAUGCACCAUUGGUAGUUAGUGAAUCCCAGCUCUGAAGAACUUACUUAAAUGGCAGGUGUGUGGGUGACUGGUCCAGGGUUCAGCACAAUGCUGUAAAAUGUUUUCUGGAUAAUGGGCAGGGAUCUGCUGAGCGUGAGGAAAUGGUUCUCCAAGGUGGUUGUGAAUUGAAGUUGGCCAGAGGACAGCCCAGCACAGGGAAGGUACUUAGGGAAGUAAACUCCUUUUCCUUUGUAAGGGUGUGCACUGCAGCCUCUGUGCACAGCCACGGUUAGCUCUGUGUUUGGAAGCUGUUGCCAGCACUGGUGUGUGAGCCCAGCACAGGCAGCUCUUGAGGGAUAAUUCUGCUUUUGCUUUGCAUUUGAUGUAGAAACUGUCAAAGGAAAAGGUCUUAUCGCACACUUCUUCAGGAAGUUCAGGGAGUUACGGACUGAUCUUUUCUUGUAUUGCAUUGAAAGGAUGAGCCCUGCUAAUUCCCAAGCAGGACACAUGACAGUACCAGGGUAGAGAAAUAUGAAAAUCUUAGGAUGGGGUAAAAAUUAAAUUUGUCUCAAAAUUACCAGACUCUCUAGAAGACCUUAUUACUACUGCUUUAAGAGAAAUACUUCUAGGGCCAGUUGAUACCUGGAGUUGGAACUGGAUGCCCAGUUGGAAAAAUCCUUACUGGGUGCUCCUGAAAGUAAGUGUGAAUGAGAGCUGUGCCUGGCCCAGGUUUCUGUGUCCUGGUUUGACACCACGAACAGGGCACACCUCAGUCUGUACGAGGUGGGGUUCCUUUGCUGCUGUGUGGUUUCUUCAAGCAGCGUGUCUGUCAAGGAAACAGAAAGUGUUUGCAUGUGAACAAUCAGAGCUGUAGCCUUUGCAUUCUCAGUCUGUUGGGGUAUCACAGUUUGCUAACCUGGACAGCAGUAAGAUACCCGAGCAGCCAGAGAUGUGUAAUAUUGCAGGGUACAUUUCAUAAAUAAAGUGACAUGCAUAUAACUGCUACCUAUGAAACAGAUCCACUGAACAAAAUUGCAGCAAACCCUGUGGCAAAGUAACCACCUCAUUUGAAUUAGUAUUUCUACUUUUCAUCUUGUUUAACUAUGUGGAUAUCUGUCUACUAAGCUACAGAGUGGACGGUUCUUUUUAUACUUUACAAUUCUGUAGAUAAGCAGUUGCUGAAGAUUUUUUAUGUUUGAGUUCCUGUCUUGGAUCCAAAUUAAUUUGUAGAUGCCUAUUUCAGAAGUCAGGGUCUUAUUUCAGAGAAAUAAUGCAGUUAUUUAUAUAUCCUGCACCCCUUUACAAUUGUAUUAUUUUCUAAUUACCAAAUGGAGUAAAACUAAAAUGAAUAUUAAAAAAAAUACUGCUAGCUGUAACUUGAAUUUUUGUAUGGUAAAGAAUCUGGAAAUAGCCAUCCUGCUUAAAAUUAAAAUAUUGCCAUUAUGAUGGAAAAGGAUUAUAAAGAGCACUAGAUAAACUUGAAAACUUACUUCAGUGUUUGUAUCCUAAAAAUAAUUAUGUAUUACUAAAGUGAAGAAGUGUUCAAGGAAAAAUAGCUGUAAAUAGUGCUAGAACAUUAUUUGUAUAUUUAGUGUGGUACCUCACAAAAAAAAAGAUUACCAGCACCUUAGUUUACUCUUUGGUGCAUUUAUUUAUUUGCCCAAUCUAUGGAAGAAGCAAAAGUGAAUUUGAAUUUUGGAGCCUUCUUAUCCUCUGUCAGAAUGCUUUUACUGACUCAAUGAUCUGCUGUUUAAAAACAGCCACCAACCAAACUAGUAACAAAGGGUUGUUUUCUAAAGAAGACUCAGCCAGGAAUGUCAAAGCUGAAUUUCGUGGCACCCUUUCCUAACAUGCUGUGCCUUACCUUUUCAGAUGGUGUGAGGUAAGUAGGGAGUGCCACUCUUGGCUUUGCUGUUCCCAUCCUGUGGGGUUGCCUUAUGUUUUCCUUUGGACUUCAGCACUUAAGACAUUCACUAUCCUUCUGCAAAAGUCAGACUGCAAAUAUGCAGCUGGUAUUUGAUUUUUUAAGAAAUAAAAUUAAUAAGAAGUGUCUGUUCAUUUAGUAUUCCUUGUGAAUUCCUGUACAUAAUGAAUCAGAUUUGUACAUUCUGCUGUUUUUAUUUAGUGUAAGAUGUAUAAAGUUAUGGUUAUUUCUGUCAUCAAAUAAACUGAGCUCUGCCAUUAA